GAGGAAGGUCAGGCCGAAGGAAGGCCGGAAGUUUCCUUGGAGUGAAGGCAGGCCGGCCCUCGGGGGGCGCUGCCGGUAACUCCUUGGCCCCGCCCAGAAGGGAGCUGAGCGGUGAACGUGACUGGGGCGCUUUGGGAUUUGCAGUGUUGCGUUCAGAAGUGAAGGUGGGAUCAUCCGGGUUUGGGGUAAAUCGGCUGCUUCGGGGUCAUGGUGUUGCUGCUAUAUAUGCAGUUCUCCAUUCACUUUUCAUAAUCGUUCUUCUACGUUUGCAUUCUCUGAUGAUGAACCACCUGGAAAUGAAACCAGCCAGAAAAAGAAGUGGAUUUCUUUCACUAUGAUCUUUUGAGGCCGAAGUAUCAGAAUCGACAAAGAUGGACGAAGGUGAGAAAUUGGCUGAGAAGAAUAUAGAGGAGGAGGCGAAAGAGGACAGAGACUUUGCUGAGAGCUUCAACCAGCUGGAAUUGCUGGAGACGCACAGGCAUCUGAUCCCCACCGGAACACAGAGUCUUUGGUCUGGAGAUUCUGACGAGGAAGAUCAGGAUGAAAAGAAUGAGGAAUGGUACCAAGCCCAGGAGAAGAAGCUGGAGAGCAACCCAGAUAAGCUGCUGCUUUGGGCAGCCGAAAAAAAUCGACUUAGCACAGUACAAAGGCUCCUGUCUGAAAACCUUGCUCCAGUAAAUGCCCGAGACGAAGACCGAUACACCCCUCUCCACCGUGCUGCCUACAACGGCCACUUAGAAGUUGUGCGCGAAUUGAUUGCCCAUGGCGCAGAUGUUCAUGCUUUAACGGUGGACAGUUGGACACCGCUCCACAGCGCGUGCAAGUGGAACAACACAAAGAUAGCCUCGUUCUUGCUUCAACAUGGUGCGGAUAUCAACGCUCAGACCAAUGGCUUGCUGACACCGCUGCACCUUGCUUCAGGGAACAGGGAGAGUAAGGAAACCCUUGAACUCCUGCUGAUGAAUCGCUAUUUGAAGCCAAAUCUCAAAAACAACCUGGAUGAAACGGCCUAUGAUAUCGCUCGUAGGACUGACAUCUAUCAUUACCUGUUUGAAAUCGUUGAAAGUUGCACAAAUUCUGUGUCGGAUUCUUAGUAAUUUGUCAGCGUUUGAAUGUCAAAGUCAUUUCCUAGCGCCUUUUUUGUAAUAAGUACACUUCGUAAUUGCACUCCGAGUUGGUGCUUUCAACCCCGCCUCGCAGUAUAGCUUUACUCUGUUAAAUACUGAAAUGAGGUCUCAUUUUGUGGAGAUGUCAUUAUUUUUAUAAUAUAAACGACACACCCUUAUAUUUGUGAAGCAUUUUCACUUUUACUUGAAAAGCUAUGGGAAUAUGUUUAACUGGAAGGGAAAAUUAGAGACAAAACAGCCUCCAAACAGUACUGAAGUUACCAGAUGCCCAUCUAGUCUAUUUUCUCAGCUGCUAGACUGACUCAUCUUGAAAUCAACAGUGCAGUGAAUGUUAUGGCCAAGCGCAAAAAGAGCUAAUCCCGUCUCUGCUGCAAAAUGGUAUGCCUGCCAUGAAUUAUUUGCCUACCUUUAAAUAGCAGAAAUUCUGGAUCAUAAGAUCACCUAAAUGUGUCAAAGUGAUGCAGGAGCUGUAGUGUUUUCUAGAUGGAUCUGCAAAUAGGGUUCUAGAGCCUUACUCUUUCCCACUCAUGGGUUAAAUUUGAGAAACAGACUAGCAGUUCUCUAGAACGGUAACACAAGCAGGUGUUUAUGGAAGUAAAGCCAGUCCUGGUGCAUGAAACGCCACAUCUGAAGUGGCCCACUGAUGCGGCUGCUGUGAAGUUUCAGGACUUGCUUGGUAGUAUACUUAACAUUCUCCAGUCUGGUUUACACAUCACUUGCCUUUCAUCUGCUCCAAACAUGGAAGUAAUUUGUAGAAGCCCUUGAGUGUCUUCAUAAGGUAAAAAGUAGCCUGUAGUCGGACUCAUUGUCUUACCAGUCUUGAAAACACUUAGGGCCAUCUCACAUAAUGUUGUUACGUGCACCUUUGAAGACACUGCCCCACACAAAUGCCAGUUUUCCUAUGACUCAUAUAGACUUGCGCCCGGCAAAAAGUAGGCACAAACUCAUUCUUUUGCUCGCUGUGUAUAAACAUGUGAAACAGCAUUAACUGUGUGUGUGUUUUAUGUGCAGCAGACUGCAAGAAUGCUGGAGAUGAGCUCAAAACUGCGGAAGUUAAAGUUUAACUUCUGUGGGGAUGACAAACCUGUGAGGCUGGGACUUCAUGCCCUCCGCUGCUUCUUGAGCGUGUUGGUUUAUGCUUCGUUCGCCUUUUUGAAUGUCUUGUGUGAACCUACCCUAAAUUAUUUUUAAAGUUGGGUUUGCUUGUGGUAUGUUGUUGUUCUGCUUGCUGUCAAAUUCUUCAUUUAAGGCUAUGACCCAAACUUGUAUGCCAAAAUCCACUUCGCUCUGAAGGAGAGACCCAUUUCUCUUCAGUGGGAGGUCAAGCAAGGGAACUCUGAAGCCAAGUGGCUUGUGUCUGGAAGCCUAAAUCCUUAAAAGCCACAGAUUCUAAUUACCUCUUGCACAGAAGCAAGUGGAGGCCCCUUGCAUGUAGACGUGGCUAAGUUUCAGGAAUUACAGUGUGAUUAUUUGAGCCAAUGUACUCAGGAUUACAUAACUCUGGUUGUGUACUUAAAAUCUCCCCUUGUCUCAAAUGUGCUUACAAUGCCAGUCUCACUGAGACAUCUUUUUAAAAAGCCGUCUCUUAACCGUUUUAACUAGAAACUAAGCCUCGCUGAGAUUUAUAGAAUACACUGCCAAAUGAACUGCUUAGCACGAGUCUGCCAUUCUAAGCUCACUUGUUUUUCAGGGUUUGAGACUGAAAGCCAGCACUCUGAUUUUAGGUGGUUUACCACCUUAAAGUUACGCUACACAUUUUAAACCUCUUUGGAACCAGUGCCACUGUUGCCACUUUCUCCAAAGGACACUGAGGACUGUGGCUUUGUAAGAAUGCUGAGCUGCCUUCAGAAAAAGAUAGCUAGCAGCUUCACAGAGCCGCAGGUCUCAGAAUUCUUUUGCUGAGACCCCCGCCAAUAAGCAGGUUAUGCAUAAUGUAGAUAUGUUAAUUAAUAGCAUGUCUUCAGGUAGUGCAGACUACUGUACGGGGAAAGCUGUAAAGCCCUUGUGUAUUGUAACCAAGGAGAGAAAUGGAGUAUUUAUUGUAUGAAAUGACACACAGAUUCUGUCAAACUUCACUUUAAUUUUUUUUUUAAAGCACUUCUGUGAGAUACUCGUUAACUUUUCCAAACUGCAUGAAAAUUGAAUGUAACUGAACUUAUACAGGUAACACUUGAAAUACGGUGUACUGUAAUUCUUCUGUGAGUCUUAUUUAAAAAUAAAAUAUUUAACACUUAAA